AUGAUAUCUGCCCGUCAACGGGGUACGGCUCGUGAGGCGAUUGCAAAGUUCUCAACUCUUCCGAAUCAGGAUGAAACCGUGAGCAAUAAAUCCGGCUCUCGACAGAUUACGGCGUUACGUGGCUCGACAACAGAUGCUAUUGAUAAACUCAACAGUAAAUCAACCACACAAAACGGUGACAAAAUCAAUAAUAACGAUAUGUCAAGAAGAUGGGAGUUGAAUUCGGUGAACAGAAGAGGUAGCGCUCGCGAUACGAUUCAAAGGUUCAAUAAAGUAGCGGAACUCAAUCGGGAGAAGCUUGAUAAGAAUCCCUUCUCAGAGACUUAUUCCAUACGACAUUAUGACAAAAACGCUGAAGAUUACGGACGACCGACACAUGGUUCGAAAACAGAGGCGCGAGGAAUUAAAGCUGGCGUCUACGUAAGCCGAGAGGUGCUUUUCUUAUGUGAAACAAUCGAGGCUAACGCAACUGGCGAACAUCCGAACAGAGUCAUCAAAUUUGGUCCCUUAUUUUACACGUACGCACACUAUUCAGAUAAGUUGGUCGGCAUGCUUUUACGAGCGCGUAAAUACAAAUUAGUAGAUUUCGAAGGUGAAAUGCUGUAUCAGGGACAGGAUGAUCAUAAAAUAAUUCGGAUGUUGAUGCCAAUCGAGAAAAUUCGUGAAGCUGUCACUUCAUCUGGUGAUCCAGCCAAUUGUAUUGCGAUUGUCAAAUAA